AUGGAAACAGGAAUUUGUGUUGGUGGAGCACCCAAAAAUGUACGCAAUUUAAGCAUUCAAACUUCAACAGUUAAUGGAUUUCAAGGAUGUAUAAAACAUGUAGCCGUGAACAACAUCAUUUUAUUUGAUACAAAUUUAAGAAUUAAUCAAGCCAUGGAACCUUUACAGUUUUGUGAGGAUGGUAAUAUGAAGCGGGACGAUGAAUUUAAUAGAACGGCAUGGAAUUCCUAUCCAGAUGCAACUUCUACUCAGUCAAUCACGCCAUCAACAUCAAAAAUUGUGUCACCGAUGAAUUACGUAGCUCAGUUUGAUGAGAUAUCUUUCGUGAAAGUUCGAGCUCCAAAUGAUUAUAACAUUUAUUUGGAGUUGGUAUUCUUAGCUAAACCACAGAAACCAAAUGGUUUGGUCUAUUUUUUGGUCUCAAAUCACCAUUUUUUUGCUGUUUACCUCCAAAAUGCAUACCUUUUGAUCUAUAAUGCAUAUACAAAUGGCUAUCAAACUUUGAGAUAUGAUUACAGCUCUCAACAUCCACUAUCACUAGACAAAUGGCAUCGAAUUGAUGAUCAGCAGUAUAUGGAAAAUCGGUUUGAAAAAAAUUUAGAGAUAAAUGACAAAGAAAGUAAUGGUUUCAUAUACAUUGGUGGUGCUCCAAAUAAUAAAAUACCAUCGAAUUUACCAAUUCGCAAUGGUUUUUCUGGUUGUUUAAAAAUGGUAAUUUUUCUAAAAUACAAAAUUUAUCAAAAUGGGCAAGCCAUAGAUUUGUUGCUUGAUACGUUGGUCACGCAAAACGUAAAUCCAUGCGGUUGGGAUGUUUGUACUAAAUCAAGCUGUAAACGUCAGGCGGAGUGUUUUCCAUAUCGAGCUGCACCUCACUGCAAAUGUCAAUUCCCGACUUAUGGAGCACUUUGUGAAAAAAACUAUACUGUCCCAGUAACACAAUUCCGAUUUGAAAAGUUUUCAUAUUUGAAAUUAUUCAAUCAUAACAUCAUGAAAUAUCUGACCGAUGAAAGUUUAAACUUGAAGUUCAUGAUUCUAAUACGAAACUCAACGCAUUACCACAGUCCACAUUCAGAAGACCAAAUUCUUAUUUAUACGGGUGAACAUGUAUCAGUAGGCGAUUACAUGAGUCUAAUGUUGUCUAGCAGAAAUGAACUAAAACUAACGGUUGACCUUGGAUCCGGUCCUAUCGCUCUGACACAUCCAACAAUUCUAAAAGCAGAUGGUAUAUGGCGCAGUAUUACCCUAUUACGACAUGGACGACGUAUCACUCUAUCUGUUGACGAAGUAUCCAUAAGCUCAGAAAGUGUAGGCCCAUCCACUGAACUUAAUGUAUAUGAUGCACUUUAUAUUGGUGGUUUGCACAGAAUGAAAUCACCACACUUGACAGGUUUCACCGGUUGCAUUCGGGACAUACAAAUUGGACAUUACGUACUUGCAUCCCUUGCAGAUGCCACGGAAGCAGUAAAUAUCAUGGAAUGUUUGAGAUGAAA